CGUCUUCAGAGAGGACCGGACUCAUUUCGUAGAGCACCGCUGAGCUCCGCAGUGCUCUUAGUCGGUGAGAAACAAAAGCUACGAGCCCAUUCAAAACUUGUCACAAUUUUAAAAUUAAUGUGUGACAUUUGUUGAACAGGGAGAUGGCGCUGCGUGCUUGUGGCUUCAUAGUGUUUCGUCGUCCAGCCAGUUGUGUCCCUCCACCAGACAACAUUGAGUACCUCCUCUUGCAGACCUCUUAUGGGAAGCACCACUGGACCCCACCCAAAGGUCAUGUGGAUCCAGGUGAGGAUGACCUCACCACAGCUCUGAGGGAGACCAAAGAGGAGGCGGGGCUUGGGGCAGAGCAACUGCAGGUGAUUGACGGCUUUGUGCAGGAGCUGCACUAUGAGGUGCAAGGCAGACCCAAAGAGGUGCUGUACUGGAUGGCCGAGCUCAGAGACCCGGGGACAGCGGUGACUUUGUCUUCCGAGCACAAGGACUACCGCUGGGCCCGGCUGGAGGAAGCUUGCACUCUGGCUCAGUACAAAGACCUGCAGGACACACUGAGAGCAGCACACACACACCUGGAGGCUCAGCAGGACAAACAGCGAUGAACCAGAAUGAAGAUUGUGCAGACGGGAUAGAAGGGAAAGCUGCUUUCGAUGUGACAGUGUGCCUGCAAUUUAUGCAUUUGAUGAUUUGUCUCUGUUAGGUUCAUAUACUGUUGAAGUUAAACACUUUGUCUCUGCUGUACUGUAUAAUGUAAGGCUGAGUUGAGCAGGGAGGAAAUGAAUCAAUGCUUGGAAACCAGAUUACUGAUUUGAUCUUAGUGUCUUUAACCAUCUAAAGUCUAAGGGCAUUUUUAGAUAUAUUCUUGAAUUCUCCUUUUAAGGGUAUUUGAAUAUAACCUGAUCCCCAUGUGUUUAAUAUCAAAAUGUUCAGAACAAACUCAGCUUUCUGUAUAGUGAUGCCCAAAAUUGUUCUGGAGCAAGGUAUAAAGAGAUACUUUGGCCCUAAAGUGGAAAUAUUUCUCAAAUCGCUUGUGAAAACAUACCUACACUCAAUUGUUUUGGUGCUUGAAAUGAGUUUACAAAAGUCUUGGGUUCACAAAAGUAUUGUAAUAUAUGCAUAAAAUAGUAA